CGCGCGGAGGCGUGACUGAGAAGCGUGUACGGAGUCCUCAGAGUCCGAGCUUCUUCCCGGGCCCGCGAACCCGAGAGGCGCCAUGGGCCGGAUCACAGAAGAUCUUAUUAGACGGAACUCCGAGCACAAUGACUGUGUCAUUUUUUCCCUGGAGGAGCUCUCCUUGCAUCAGCAAGAAAUAGAAAGACUAGAGCAUAUUGACAAAUGGUGCCGGGACUUAAAAAUCCUCUAUCUUCAAAAUAAUCUCAUUGGAAAAAUUGAAAAUGUUAGCAAACUCAAGAAACUUGAAUAUUUGAACUUAGCUUUAAACAACAUUGAAAAAAUUGAAAAUUUGGAAGGAUGUGAAGGGCUGACAAAACUCGACCUGACUGUAAACUUCAUUGGAGAGCUGAGCAGCGUUAAAACGCUUGGGCACAAUAUCCACCUGAAGGAGCUCUUUCUCAUGGGUAACCCGUGUGCUGACUUUGACGGCUACAGGCAGUUCGUGGUGGCCACGCUACAGCAGUUAAAGUGGUUGGACGGUAAAGAAAUCGAGCGUUCAGAAAGGAUUCAGGCCUUGCAGAACUUUCCAGUAAUUGAACAACAAAUCAGAGAGCAAGAGGAAGCUUACUGCCUCAAACGGGCCAAAGACAAGGAAGAGGCUCAGAGGAAACUUCGAGAAGAGGAUGAAAAUGAGGCCAAGGAGAGAAGUCACUCAGUCUUCGAGGGACAGAGCCCGUUUUCAGUAGAGCACAAAGACCAUGUCCAGGAAGGACAAGAAGGGGAAUACAACCAAAAGAGAUUCAAGGACAAUGAGGAUGACCUGGAAUUCUGGAACAAGCCCUCUUUGUUUACUCCUGAAUCUAGAUUGGAAACACUUAGGCAUAUGGAAAAACAACGGAAAGACCAAGAAAAAUUAAGUGGAAAGAAGAAGAAAGUGAAACCACCCAGGAUUUUGAUCACUGAAGAUGGAAAAGUGUUGAAUGUGAAUGACCCCAAACUUGACUUCUCCUUGAAAGAUGAUGAAAAACGUAACCAGAUCAUCCUGGACCUUGCUGUCUAUAGGUAUAUGGACACCUCUUUAAUCGAUGUAGAUGUGCAACCAACUUACGUACGGGUCAUGGUCAAAGGGAAGCCGUUUCAGCUUGUUCUUCCUGCCGAAGUGAAGCCGGACAGCAGCUCUGCUAAGCGAUCUCAGACGACAGGGCAUCUGGUGAUCUGCAUGCCCAAGGUAGACGAAGUCAUCACAGGUUGGCGACAAACGUCAGAGUCUGGGACGAGUCCCUCGGACAGCAGCAGAGAGCACACAAACCAAAGAGGCAAGCGAAUUGAGAAAUUAGACAUAGAUCCUAGCAAGCGUUCCUUCCCUGAUGUGGCUAACAUAGUUCGAGAGAAAAACCCCACGCCCCGAAGAGUUCGAUCUGAACCCAAAAUUAUACCAAGUGAGGAAGCUCCAGACUUUGAAGAUAACCCUGAAGUGCCCCCGUUGAUCUGAAACAUCAGGCCAGGUGGACGGACCCACCCGAUCCCGUUUUCCUCAGUGCACAGUGCGUAGUGUGCCACGUUUGGGGUAAACACAGAGUCAUUUAUCACCAUCACUACUCCAGUGUCUCACUUCUACUUUAUGCAGUAAUAUUCUUACACCAGUUUGACGUUCAAGUGCAUACCUUAAAAUGCUACAGCUCAUUUGCCUAUAAUAAAAUGUUGGCUAGGGCAAACGUUCAGUAAAUCAUAGAACUCUUACAUUAAGACGCUGAUUUUUAAUCACAGAACUGCUUGCUAAUGCAGAGAGACGAAGUCGGAGAUAAAAGGACUGAUUAUUAAAUCGGUGCUUCAGCAAAUUGGUCAAGCUCAGAAGUUAAAACUGUAAUUUCAGAUCAAAUCGGAAUGCGCUAAUAUGAUUUUAGCGGUGUUUCAAUUUUCUUCUCGUGAUUACUGGUGGUAACGCCUGGGGUGAGGAGGAGGAGAGCUGGCAGGAGUAGGAAGCGAAAGCCGUUAAGGCUGUAGGUACGGGCUUGACAUCUGCAAAACGAGAGGGAAGCAGGUGGAAGUCUAGUGGGCUAAAUGGAGCCUGGGAAGGCAGCACACAGCUCGGAGAAGACAGGCGCUCUAGUGCAGGAUUGUUCACAGGGGACGAGCCCGUUGGGUCAAGACGGUCGAGCCCAGCUACCCCCCCCGCCACACUCAGUCCUUGGCUGGGAGCCACCUGCCCAGAGAGUGGUGGCCGCAGUGGGAAACUUGGGGUGCUCUGCGCACCUCGUGCGGGUUCUCUCUUGGGGACAGCCGAGCAGGGUGCCUCUAUCGGCCACAAGAAGGUCACAGCAGCUCUACCAGCCUUGAGGAGGUUGCCAUGAGGGCUCAUGAGAAAGAGGAAGGUGCUCUUCGGUGCUGGAGGAAAGGAGACCCACCUUACCUAGGGGAAGAGAGUUUAGCAAAGCUGUUGCCCGGGGUAACAUGGAAACAUUUUGAGUGUACCCACUGCCCUCAUAGGUUUAGGGAAGGAGAUUUCCAUGUAGAAUGCCAAAGUCUCCACUAGUGCCUUUAGCCGCAAGGCAAAAGACACAAAUAAUUCGUCCAUUUUUAAGCAGCGUUUAGAGAAAAUAUAAAGGAACUAAAUUGGCUAGGUUCAAAAUAAAACUUUCCCCUCCCAGUCUCUCCCCAGCCGAAAUACAAACAGCCUCACCCUGACCGUGGACCACAUUGCUGUUCUGGGUCUCCAAGGAAUUACCAUCCGUUCAGAGUUAGUGUCCCACAAUGCCUGAAAACUCUGUUUGUCAAGGCACAGUCAUCUGGGGUAGGCGCAAGGCCCCUUUGCAGCAGGCCAGGUGGGAGAUGCACAGUAUAAAAUCUGGGCAGCGUGGCAGGGAUCGCCAGUGAGAUCCAAGCAUGAGACAGUGAGCCUUGUGGAAUCCUGGGGGAGGAGUGUCCUAAAAACCUAGAACAGCGAGUGCAAGGGCCUGGGGUGGCACGAGGUUUCAGGGAUAGCUGAACAAGGCAGAGUAUCAGAGAAGGGAGAGCCAAUGGGGAGCCGGGCCCGACCAUGCUUGACCUAAAAAGACACGCCUACAGCUGGGAAAUGCGCACCGCUCCCGAGAGAGCAUCUUCGGAUUUCAUAGUGUUGCGUUUUUGGUCUUUGGCCCAAUGUUUCCCUAGACUCAUUUCAUUUCCGAUCUUCAGAGAAAUCCUCUCAACUAAGCAUUUGCUCAUUCUUCGUUCAGUAGUCAUAUGCCUCCCGUGGACCAAGUGUGGGGAGAACAAUGGUGAACCAAAGGAAACAGGCCUUGGGUUUCACUGAGCGUAUUUUUCUGUGAUGCAGACAAAUGUGAAUCGAUUGCACGAGCAAACUAAGCUAACUCUUCUGAACUCACUCUCGCAUUUUGGGACCGAGGCCCCUAAACACCAGGUGGCUUGCCCUAAGAUGGCUUAACGGUAUGUUAGAAUGGGAUCGUCUCUAGGUCACUUUGGACUCAGUUUCCCCCUUGAAAGGCUUUUUCCCUCCCCAAGCGAAUGGGACUAUUCACAUGCCGAUGUUUUCAAAGAAGAUAGACGCAAACCAACUUCGUGAAUCUUAAAGCUACUCACUCCCUUGGGAAAUAUGCAAAGAGGUGUGAGGGUAGAAGGGCUUUGUGGCAGAUGAUGUCUUUGGGGGUCAUGAGCUCUAAGACCCUUGGGCAGGGCCCGUGCCGUGUCCUCACUUGGAUCCUGCUGAGUGUGGCUUCCGGGGGACUUUGGGGUGAAGAAGGACGAACACAUGUCUUUGGAGAGAGCUGUUACCUUUCUGUGAGCUCUGCCUCCGACUCGGCGUUCCUCCUUUGUAGCCCAAACUUCGUGAGACGACCUUCACAGGAUUGCACCGGGGAGCUUUGAAGAGUGUUUCCUGCAGCUGGGGACACGCAGGCUGGUGCCCGACUCGUGCCUGAGCAACCUGAAGCCCACAGUGGGCCGGAGUCCCAUCCUGCCGGGAGAAUCACCCCUGGGCGCAGAGAAAAGCUGUGCCGCAGGAGCAGGGAAUGUGGCCCUCUCCCAAGGCUGGCUGGGGGCAGGACGCCCGAGCCUUUGCUAAGGACCAGAUGUGAGGUGUCGUGGGUGCUGUCCAUGUGGGCUGCCCCGAGGGGUGAGGAGCCCAGGCAGGAGGCUGGAGGCCUGCUGCUGUGUGCGGGGCCGAGGAAAGAAGCUGGGAGGACUGGCCAGAAUCCGGGUCGUAGGAGAAGGGCAACCCGGGAGCCUCUGCAGAGCCCAUGAAAAGGCCUCAAGAGGCAGAAACGUCCGCUUCACCUAUCCCCUUGGCUGGCAGGGCAGGAAGCCUGACCGAGCCGUGUGACGAGCAUCUUACCUGCACCUGGCAGCUCCUGGCCUUGGACUUGAAUGGGUAAAGAGAGGAAGUGGCCACCUGGCCACAGAGAGACAGCCAAAGACAGGGACGAGCUGGGGGAAUAAUGCCUUGACCUUACUUUCCUCCUUCCCUCCAGUCUCUUGCUAGGGUCUCCCACCGGCCAAACACAACCAGAGGCCAGGAGCAAGGGGGCCUGUCAGUGUGGCCCUUAGAGGUUCCGUUCCCAGGGUCCACCCUGUGGUAGAGGGCGGCAGUGAACUGAGCUGACACACUCCCUCUCGCCUCUCUGCCCUCACCCGCCCCUGCCCUCAGGGACUCGGGGAUGGAGCAGGAGAGCCAGGAGUCCGGCUGAGAAGCAGGGGAGCAGGGUGAGAGGACGGCCACACGUCCCCUCUUCUUCAGCUGUGGUUUCCAACCUAAGCAGCCGGGGACCCUGGCAGGGGAGGGAGAGGAGUGGAAAACGUUCAUGCCAGGUAGGGGACUGUCGUGGGGGACAGUCUCAUUACCGAGUAGGGACUGAGUGCCAAAGGGUCAUCCGUUCUCCCCGAGCAGGAGGAAACAC